GAAGCCAGCAAUUGGAGCAAAAAGGAGUAAAAUGUUAAUAAAAUAGAAAGGCUAGAGAAGUCAGUAUUGCACACCCCUCAGAAGGACGCUGCUGUGGCAGGACGGGGCUGGGGCUCUGCGUGUGACAUGAUCUGCAGCAGAACAUCUGCUCAGACUUGUGCAGGUUUCCAGCGCCUGUCAAGAUCUCACUGAAGAGAUUAGUCUUGGCUGCACCAUGAUCUCUGCUGUCCUCCUCCUCUGGACUGUGCCCUGCGUGGCAAACCACAUCCUCGAGGGCUUUGCCAAGGGAGGGCUGCAGGAAGGUCCUCAGUUGGCAUGCAGCCUGCCAGGACCCCCCGGGCCACCCGGCCCCCCUGGUGCACCUGGGGCUCCAGGGACAGUGGGCAGGAUGGGCUUCCCAGGCAAAGAUGGCAAGGAUGGCAAGGAUGGGGAUAAAGGCGAGCACGGCGAUGAAGGUCCACAAGGCAGAACAGGAAACCCUGGCAAGCCAGGACCAAAGGGGAAAGCUGGUGCUAUUGGCAAGGCAGGGCCACGAGGGCCCAAGGGUUUAAAAGGUAAUCCUGGAAAAAAUGGAGCACCGGGAAAGAAAGGGCCCAAAGGAAACAAAGGUGAGGCUGGGAUGCCAGGACCCUGCACCUGUAAUGCAAACAAAGCCAAAUCUGCCUUCUCUGUGGCUGUCUCGAAGAGCUACCCAAGGGAAAGGCUGCCCAUCAAAUUUGACAGGAUCCUGAUGAACGAGGGAGGACAUUACAAUGCUUCCAGUGGGAAAUUUAUAUGCAGCAUCCCAGGUAUUUACUACUUCACUUACGAUAUCACUUUGGCCAACAAGCAUUUGGCCAUUGGCUUGGUCCACAACGGGCAGUACCGGAUCAAGACUUUUGAUGCCAACACUGGGAACCACGAUGUUGCCUCUGGAUCCACCAUCCUUUCUCUGAAGCAGGAGGAUGAGGUGUGGCUGCAGAUCUUUUACUCAGAACAAAACGGGCUCUUUUAUGAUCCCUACUGGACAGACAGCUUAUUUACUGGCUUUCUGAUAUAUCCUGAUCAAGAUUAUCUCAAUGAAAUAUAGGAUUAGAAGCCAGACUCUGGGAAAAAAAUAGGAAAUGCAUGAGACCUCAGUCCAGCAAAUUGUAGCCUGUACAUGGAUACAAGUGGGAUUAUCCUACAAUUCCACAUUUUUGGCACUAAAAGCCUGUAUUGGCUAUUUAGAUAUUGACUUGAUGUCAUCAACACAGGGUACCAGGACCAGCAGGACUCACCUUUAAGCAGCCUCAUGAAUCUCUAAAUCUCAAAGCCACCCAUUUGUUUUCUGUAAGAUUGCAACAUGCAUGGACAUGUAACUCAAGUACUAGUGCAGGGUGCUUUGAGUAUUAUAGUACUACUAAAAAGCAUGGACACCAACAGCCAUUCCCUGGAAGCUUAGCUCAGAAGUGCCACUGAUGCUAAAGGUAGUACCACUGCACUGCCUCCCCCUACACCCCUUAAUGGUAAUAAUACUUGUUAGUACAGUUACAUUUUACCAGCUACUUAGGAGGCAGGAAGUUGUCAGCUACAGUUGUAAAAGUAAGAGCAGCUCUCAGCCUCAAAGCAGUACUAAUGAGCAAAGGCAUCCAGUCUAAAUAGGAAGUGACACAAAAGAGAGAUCUCAUUGCUAAGGUUCCAGGUAAGACACGAGCUGCUGCACUGAGCAUCACUGGUGUUCCUCAGACUUCAGUCUUGAUGUGCCAGUGCUGGAGCCCUGCACCUGUGACCAGAGCCUAACCUGGACAGUGCAAGCCAAAUAUCUGUGGGUCUUCCACCCAUGGCACAGGGUGAACUUUGCAGGUAAGACUCAACUGUAAAAGACAGCGUGAACCUUCACACCAGAAACAGCCUCAUUAAUAACCCCCUUCCUCUAUCCCCACCAGCCUUUGCUGGAACUCAUGCUGCUGCCAAGAUCCCCCUCGAGGGCUUACUGCUACAGAUAGGGUCUGUCUUACUGAUGCUUUGCUUUUUCAUGUUGUAUAUCAAAUAUUACAGAUGCUCCAAAAAUCAAUUGUAUUGUUUUGGGAAAACAAACCAAAAAAAACCCACAAAAAACUACAACAACCACAGAAAAAUCAAAAGCCAAACUUUUGCUCAACUGAGAUUUUUGCUUUUGCUAAGCCAAGUUUAGCUUUUUUUUCCCUUCCUCCUCUGUAUCAACAAAUACAGGAAAUGCUCCAAAAUGUUUCACUAUUACAAGAGCAAAGUUCUCCUGCUAUAAAGCCACUCAGUCUGGCUGCCUUGCCCCAGUGUCCAACAUUCUAUAACAGGUUUCUGUCUCAGUAGCCAGACUGAUGGAUUCUCUUCCUCACUAAGAGAUGUAUCGCCUUGGUUUUCCAGUCAUAUUCUCACCUCCUUUAUCACUUGAUGAAAACUCAUGAUCUUCCAGUUCCUCUAAUCCUCAUAUUUGGGCAUUGAAGGAAUAUUCCAUAAGAACAAAGAUUUUUUUAGCCUUACUUUUACAAGUCAAAAUAUUUGCAUGAUUUUUGUGAACUACAGUAACUGUGUUAUAUCUUACCACAAUAUUUUCAAAUACAUUUCAUAAAAUAAAGCUGAACAAAAA